AGGACGGGACGGACCUCUUGUUUCUUUCUUCGCCACCCCGGCCGCGUCCAUCCAUCGCCGAGCGAUCCAUCCAUGACCUCACCUCCCACAUCUGACUAACUCAUCGCCAUCGCCUUGGCUGCCUCUGUAUAGGCGCGUCCCCGUGGCCCGCCAGUGCCAGGAGCAGACCGCGCGCACGCUCCGUCGACCGCCAUGGCCGUGGACCUGCAACGCCUGCGCCACAUGUUACUCACCACCGGCGGCGGCCACCACCAGCACGCCAACCGGCCGGGUGCCUCGGCCGCCGCCAUGCCUGCGACUGCGAGCGGGCCUUGCUACGGCGCCGCAGAUCAGUACUCGGAGCUGUUGGCUCUGCCAGCGGUUGAUCUGGCGAGGAAGGGCGGCGGCGCUCAGGAAAUGACCACCGGCAACAAGCGGAGGCGCGUCGACGAGCGGUCGUCCGUGCUCGGCGACGUUCUUGCGGCCCACGCGCAACAGCAGACCGUCGCCGUCGACCACAUCCUGCACAGUUGUCCCGCGAGAAAGAUGUGGGCUGCUCUGGCGGAGCAGAGGCGGAGCCACCUGAGGCUCAUCGUGUCGACCGUGGAGGCCAGGGCGGCGAAGCGGCUCAAGGCCAAGGACGACGAGAUCGAGCGGGUCAGGGCCAUGAACUGGGCGCUGGAGGAGCGCCUCAGGAACAUCUACAUGGAGGCUCAGAUGUGGCGCGACGCCGCGAAGUCCCACGAGGCCGCGGCCAACGUGCUCCGCGCCGACCUGCAGCGGGUGCUCGACGCGCAGGCGGUCCGUGGCGGCGGCGGCUGCCACGGUCAGGACGACGCCGAGUCGUGCUGCUGGGGGGAGAACGAGGUGCCCAUCUGCGCGGAGGAGGAGGUGGGCACGCCGGCCCCGACAGGAGUCGGAAGGUGCAAAGCGUGCGGCGACGGCGAGGCCGUGGUGCUGCUGCUGCCGUGCCGGCACCUCUGCGUGUGCGCGCCGUGCGCGGCCGCAGCGCAGGCGUGCCCGUCGUGCGGAUGCGCCAAGAACGGCAGCGUCUGCGUUAACUUUUCCUGAUGCGGGAGGAAUAGUUUUAGAGUAGAGUUAGCUUUUGAUUCCUAGCUUUAUUUUCUCUAUCUUUUUUUCUUUUGCUCCCCUUCUUUUGUUCAGUUUAGCUUUUUGCUCAAAAACUGUUGGAUCGGUUGUUCAACAAGAAGA